AUGCAUAUUACGGGACAAGUUUCUAGUACAAGCGAUACACAUGACACUAUGGUUAUGCAGGCGUAUCAUGUAGUUGAAAGUGAGGAAUCAAUGUUGGAUCCGGCUGUAAAACCAAAGGCUGUACAUCAAUGCCCAGUUUGCAACAAAAUUUUUGUUUCCUUUAAAGGUCUUCAACAGCAUGCUAUCAUUCACACGGAUCAAAAGCCUUAUUCCUGUGAUAUUUGUGGAAAAUCAUUUCGAUUUAAAUCAAAUCUUUUUGAGCAUCGUUCUGUCCAUACUGGAACAACUCCACAUCAAUGGUUUUAUUUUCAUUAA